AUGUCAACUCCUGAACUAAACUCCAACAGGUACAACCCUGAUCACAAUAUCGAUGAAUGUGAGAUCAGUUUGACCUUUGGCAAUGAUAAGGAGUCCCCUGGACAUGAAAACCCCUCGCCUAACACGAUAUUUAACACGUCAAACGACGUGUUAGACGUUAACAGUUCACCUAUAAAGAGGUUCGUUGUACCUAAAUCAAAAGGUUUCCAAGAUACUCAAAGAAUAAACUUUGACACUCAAUCAGAUGAUACACAAAGAAUAGAUGUUACUCAAAACCUUGAAGCUACACAAAGAAUCCCCCGAGUUUCAGACACACAAAAGAUCAAAUUCGAUCAAACCCAGAAGAUCGAGCUAUCACAGGAAUCAAUGGACACUACGGUGGCCGACCAGACGUUAGGCAAUUUCAGCUACAACGACAACCACAAAAUCGACACCCAGGCCGACAGUCAGCCCGUAGAGACGCAGUAUGUGGUGACAGACACUCAAGUGGACAAAGGUGAGAAGAUUGAAUUUGCUGAUUUCGAUACUCAGCCAUUGAAGGAUGGCCCCGGCUUCAAAGACGACCUGGACACAACCGGUGAUACCAGAGAUUUGAACCUUGUGGAAGAGACACAAAGAAUCACCUUGGACGAGUCAUCGAUGAUUGAAACUCAGCCUGUAGUACGAGGAGUUGGACAGAUUCUCCAACUGAGCUCGCCCAAGCCAAUGCCGGACAUUACCACUGAUCCUUUACAAAUAGACACCGACCCUGAGGGGAAAUCGGAGCCUGAUCGGUUGGGGUCUGACAGACUUGAACCAAGGUCAGAAUCCAACGAUAUCCAAAUUCCCGGCACAGUGGACAGAGACAGGAUACGAGAUUACUCCAGAAUGCAAGUGAUUAACACCCAGGAGUCCAUGAUUAACGAAAAUGGCGAGGAAGAAGAGGUGGAUACCGAAGAUGAGACCACUUUGCCAAUUGAUGAUAGUUUACUCACACAUAAACUCAAACGGGAGAGAGAUGAAGGUGUGGAGAGCUCACCGAUGGAUAAGUUGGUGGGGAGUGGGAUGAAUGAUGAACUGGUAGAUGUGGGAGAUGAUCCAAUGGACCCAGUAGAUGACCCGGUAGAUGACCUAAUGGACGACCCAGUGGACAACCCAGUGGAUGAGGAAAGUGUCCAAAGAGACAGUCCUAGAGUCAAACGAAGAAAACCUAAUAUCAUAGAAUCUUCUCCUGAUCUACUGACAGAUCUACUGGUCAGUACCCCUGCCAACCCCCUGACCAAUCUCACCGCCAGUCUUACCAACGCUCCUCAUUCCACGGUAGAAAUCUUAAGAUACGAAGAAAAUCUCGCUAUAACUUCCUCCCAAGUUACUUGCAAACACUCAGUAUGGGCCGAACACAACUUUAAAAUGCACACCGGCCAAGUUCAAACCACUGGUAAGACCACUCUGGUAGUGAUGUUUAUCGAUGGACCAUUGAAAGUUCCCAAUGCUGACUUGAGUCCCCUCGAUAUCCGAAUAGGUGAUAAAGUCACUCUUAAGGAAGACAGGAUCAAGUACAUUGUCAGUGGACUCAGCAGCAGCUCCACCGAUGACUCCAAGGAUGAAUUUAAGUGCAUCAGAGGCUUCAAUCAAGUAUACCUCAAACGAGCAGGACGUAGAAAGUAUGAAGAAAAGGUGGUUAGUCUUGCUGAAGUUCGUAUGGAUUUGGACGAUUGGUUUACUCACCAACAGAAAUAUUCCGUAGACCUUUCUACGGAUGAUUCCUUGACUUCCAUAAUCAAGACCAAUAUGAGAACGCCUACGCGAACCAGACAAACCCAGGAAACAAAGAGUCCUGUGAAGAAGACCGGAGGAAUCCUUGAAGAUUGUAUUUUCUGUAUCACUGCCAUUAAGGAUAAAGAAAAGCUUCUGAAAUUGAUCAUUUUGAACGGAGGUGAGGUGUUGGACGAUGGAUUUAUGCAUUUAUUUGAAUACCAACAGACACCCCGGUUCGAACUUGUGGCCAAUUAUGAAGGGUUGAAGACAAGUAAAUUUGCAGCUUUGAUAUCCAACCAUUAUUCUCGUAGUUCUAAAUACCUUCAGACAGUGGCUUUAGGGUGGCCCAUUGUAUCACAACGAUUCAUCAUGGACUUGAUUGAAGAAAAAUGUGAUUUUGAAGCAUGGCCAUCGUACUUAUUGGCUGCUGGGUUAUCAUCUAUCUUGAAGACCACAAAAAGCUUGGAGAUUUUCAAGUUCAGGAAUCGGUACAACUCAAAUUACCUGUUGGAUAAACAGAUAGGUUUGAACAAUGGUCUUCUUAAAGAUCGGGUGAUUUUGAGCUUGGACAAGGGAGACAAACAAGAAAUGCUUGAAACCAGUGAAUUCAUUUUCUAUGCUUUUGGAGUGAAACAUUUCUCCCAUUUCUCCAAUGUAAGUGAUGUGAAGAAGUUCAUAAAGAAUCGAAAAUUCGGCGUAGAAGAGACAUUGAUAUAUUGUAAUGAUAAAACUAUGAGAGAUGGGAUGAAAGGGUUCAAGGUUGUAGAUUGGGAAUGGGUGGUUCAAUGUUGUAUAAGUAGUUAUAUUUGGAGAGAGUUUUGUGAGUAG